GCACGUCUAGUCUCUCAGCAUCACGAAGCGACCCCGACAAAAGCCAAAAGGCAAGGCAGUUCCCAGGAGCACUCGGGGCAGGAAGUCAAGUCUCGCGAUGCCGCAGGGCUGCAGCCGGUCACGUGGCCCUCAUCCCUGCUUCCAGCUGGAGGAACGGGCGGCGUCGCCCGGGGCAACAGCAAUGGCGGCCAUGCCGGCCACGGCGGCCGGGCGGCUCUUCUCGCUGGAGCUGCUCGUGGACUGGGUGCGGCUGGAGACCGGGUUGUCGCCGUGCACUGCGAGCCCCGCCGUGGCGUUUCGCCUGCUGGACUUCCCGCCGCUGCUCGUCCUCCCGCCGGCCGCUCCUGGCCCGGAGCCCCAGCGCGGCGCCAUCGGCUUCGGACGCGGCAAAGCCUGCCUACUGCGCCUGCGCCCCACCGCUCUGCGGCGCCCGCGCCUGCGCGCAGCCUUGCUGCAGCUGCCAGCGGGCCCUACGCCUGCGCCGCGCCUGUUGGGGGCUUGCGACAUCCUGCUGGUCCCUUCCCUGGGCCAGCGAGGUGUAUUCACCCUGCGCGGCCCGGAGGCCGAGCGUGUUGGGGAAUUGGCGCUCUUCUACCGCUUGACCGACCUGGGACGUUUCCCUCCAGGGGCUCCGCAACUACGAGGCCCGCUGAGCCCUGCGUGUAUCACAGGUUCCGAGGCCCUGGAGGUGUCAGAGCCACGAGCCGAGGAGACCUCGAAGCCAUGCACCAAAGACACCUCUACCAGAUGUCUACAGUGUGUCUCAAAUGCACGCCUCUUGGAGGCCUUGGACCCAUGUGCCAAGGAUACCAACAGCUGGUCUGCAGGAGACUCGGAGCCCUCAAGUGUCCAGAAGUCCUGGGAAGAAGCAGUCUUACACAGUAAGGCUAGCUCUGGGGACGUGGCUUCUGCCCCUUGUUCACCUGCUCCCAGUGGGAGGUCUGACAGUCCUGUCAGUCUGGAGGUCACAGAACUGGACUUUGAAACCAACACAUUUUGCCCUCCUCCUCUGUAUUACACUCACAUGACUCAGGAAAAGACUCCUUCUGCCAGGGUUGAAAUCACUAUUGAGCCUCAGAGAAACGAACCGGAGGAUCUAGAUGACAUUUUUCCCGAAACAAAACUUGUAGGUCCUGCCGUAAUGCCAGUGAAACAUACAGGAUCUGCCAUUCAGGAGAACCCUCCAGUGCUUCUAAAUCUUCCCGAGACGCAGGGUCCAGGAGAAGCUAACGAAGCUCCGUGUCCUCCUCAGGUUGAACAAAGUACGGUCAAUGCAAUAAGACAGCUGCCGCUGUUAAAUGCUUUAUUGGUCGAGCUGUCCUUGCUGUGCAACCAGCCCGUGGCAAAUCCCACCCAGGUGCAUCCCCAGCUAGCCUGGUUGUAUAGAGGUGAACACAAGGGACCAGACCCUUCCACCAAGUCCACAUCUCGGUCAGAAUCAAAGACCAACAAGCUUUCUGUGCGAGAAAAUGAAAAGUUCGUGAAUCCCCAGUCUAAAAAGAACCCUAAAGGUAAACAUUCAAAGAUCAGUGGUAGCCCUCCACCGAAGGUUACAAAGGGGAGGCUGCUUUAUGGCUUAACAAAUACACUAAGACUGCGUUUACAGCAGACAAACCCUGACAUGCUGGUUGUACAUGAAAGGAGAGAACAGUACAGGAGGUCACAGAUAAAAGCUGUGGGGCCAAAGUUACGAAUCCCAUCCUGGAAAGGGAAAGUGUCAAGUUUGGCAGCAGAAAGCCAGAUGCCACCACAGCUACCCAGGAACACAUCAACAGACUCUAAUGGGAAGGUAUCAAGCUUGGCAGUACAAAGCCAGAUGCCACCACAGCUUCCUGGGGAUGAAUCUCUAGACUCUAAUGGGUCAUUUGCUGAAGGUAGUGAUACUUCAAUGCAAAUCAGUGCAGGCUUUGAUGAUUCAAGUGCAACUAAAGAAGUGAAACAAAGCCAUGCUAUGAAAAAAACGGUUGACCAGAGUGAAAGCAGAACUGUCGUCACUUUGCUGAGAGCACCCUCGAGCCCUGCAGGCUCUGUCAUCCCAGAAAGAUCUGGAUCACAGAGUUUCGGAGAAAAAUGGAAAAAGAAAGGCCAAAGCCCAGGGCUUUCCCGACAGGAUCCUACUGUUGACAAAACUGUAGAUGAAGGGAAAGAUGGUAGGCAAGUCAAAGCCACAAGUGUUGUUGAUGCAAGUGAAAAUAGACCACCCAGUAGAAAAAGUUCCUUCGAGAGCAUCUCAGAGCUACAGUACCGGGAUGGGUUCACCAGCCCUUGCUAUUCUGAAGACUUCUGCACAACUGAGAAUAACAGCAGAAGUCUGCCGGCUCCUGACAGCAGCACAGGGGCAGAACGUGCACAAAAGGGUUCACGGGCAAGCAGGGCAAGCAGGGCAAGCAGGGCAAGUGAGGCAAGGCUGUCCACAAGGAAAAACAGCAGUGAAGCGAGUUCUGUGCUCACCCCUCCCUUUUCUGCUGGCUCACCAGUGUGUUCUCAUAAAAGAUCUCGUGUACUGAAGACUCAUGAUAGUCUGGAGGAAGCAUCCAGUCUCUCUACCAGUGACUUUUCAUCACAGUGGACAAAUGAAAAGGAAAACCAGGCAGAUCCAGGUAGUUCAAAGGUCAUGAGGAGAGGACAGGACAGCUCCACUAAAGUAGGAGCUGGUCACAAGUCAUCUGAGAAAAGCCAGUCACCAAGGACAUCUCAAGUGAGUUCUUAUGAGCCAUCAAAUUUGUCUGAGCUAGAACUCAAGGCCAUAGAUGACAGUGCGUCAGCUGACUUCCAAGAAGAGGAAGAUGGUCUUGGAUCACUGCGCAUCUCCAAACAGUGCAGAGACAUCUGCGAGUUAGUAAUAAAUAAACUUCCAGGAUACACAGUGUGAAAGUAUGCUACUUUCAAAAACUAGUUCUAUAGCUGCAUGGUGCGGAUACUGAAGAGUUGUAAUAACUCACAUAUAACCUUAGUAAGUAUGUGGUAGUUCCUAAGAAGUGUAAGUAGUUCGUUGUUUGGUGCCUUACCCUUCAAGCUGGUUAUAUUCUGAAGUCACUGUUAGGUUUAGGAGUAAUUUCUUUGUAAAAUGCUUAAGAUUAAAUGUCUGUAUACUUUCCAAUCAUAUAUGUCUCUUGAAGUAAAGAUUAUUCUAAAGUUGGCAUUUCAUGCACCAUUGUAAAAAGGGCUUGCUAAUAAGCUUAGCACCAGUUCUUAGUGGGGAUAAAUCUUGUAACGGAUGUGUUAGAGCUUGAGAUGCAGAAGUGUAUUUGUCAUCUACCCCUGCUGCUAAGAGCUUUUGGUUUACAGACUUUCAUAACAUUCUGUUUUUAUUAUUUACUCUCCCUUUUAUCUUACUUGACGAACACUUAUUUGAGCUUAUGUUUUUUUGAUAAGAGAGUCUGUCCUGUUUUACACACCAAUAUUACCUUAGUUUUUAUGCAGUUGUUGAACAAAAUGCCUUAGCAUUUAAAACACCUACUAUAGGCUGUAUAACAAGAAGCAUGGAAACUCCCUAAUGGUGACAUGUUUGGGUAAUGCUUUACUUCUGUUGCAUAUAAAACACCCUUCAAGUGUUCUCAGGUGUUUAGAGAGAACAAAGAGAGGCUUUAUUCCAUAUAGUUCCACAAAUAGGAGUUUGGUUUGUGAUUAAAUACUUCUGUGCAUUUAAUAAGCACUUGAGUUUUCAGGGGUUUGGUGUUUAUCUUUCGUGUGGGAGAGCUUGUUUCAUAUGCCUUAGUCAUCAGUUCUAUAUGACUUCCAUUGACUUUAGACUUGAUUCUGUGUUCUGAUAUCUGUAAGCAUUUUCAUACAGCUGUGUUACACUCUUAUCUCUUAGACUUUUUAAUAAUGCUAAUAUUCUGGGAUCUGGGAGGUAAAUUCCUGAUUUUCCUUUCUCUGAUAAUUAUAUAGCUAUGUGGCCAUGUUCUCAGUGAUGGUGAUAAUAGGUAAGACUUAUAAGGAAAAGAGGAGUCUCUCUGAGUACCAUUGUGAAUAAAAGUGGUGGUAGGAAUGAGCCUGGCAUUCCUGGGACAGAAACUGUUGUUUUGAUGUUCAUGUUAGUCUGGUAUAAAGGACAUGUGUUGUUGCACAAGAGAAAUUUCACAUUGUAUAGGGACUCAAGGUCCAAGUACAUAGUCAAGAUAUGGGAGACAGGCACAGUAAGGCAAUGGGAGUUAUGUGUGAACACCAGUAAGAAUCUGUGGCUUUUGAAUAUUGUAAACUACUGGAAAUAACUAUUCAGUUACAGAAAUUAAGUAUGGAAAUCUAAAAGGACUUUUAUGACUACAUACUGGUUUUUCUUUGUCUGAAUAUAAAAUUCGUGUUGUGUUUUGAUUUUGUAA